AUGAAGGACGCAUGGGAUACUAUUAUCGACAAGGAGUUCUGGACGAGCGUUGGGACGGUGCUGGAUGUGCUUCGUCCGGUCUACAAGCUGUUGCGGAAUGUUGACGGCAAUCAGGAGGUGAUGGGCAAGAUCUAUGACAAAAUGUUUGUUUUGGAGGACGCGGUGAAGGAGGCGUGUAAGGAGCUGACCGAGGAGGAGAAAGAGGAUGUGACCGACAUUCUGCGGAAUCGGUGGAACAACGACAUCAGCUGCGCGCUUCACGUGGUCGGACGGAUUCUGUACCCGCCAAACCAAUACGAGUCAAUAUUCGGAACGGACGUGGAGUGUACCAAGAUCUUCAAGCAAUUCAUUCGCAAUUACUACAAGGGUGAAUUUGUGAAAGUGGGAGGGGUGACGGCGCCACUCGCAACCAUCGUCGAAAAAGAGGUCUUGACGUACAUCAAGGGGAAGGGAGACAUUGGGGAGCAGAAAGCGCGUGAUGAGCAUGAACUCAUCAAAGCUGGGCUUUUGGAUUCGGCGCAUUGGUGGGAAUUCAAUGGCACGGACGUGCCACACCUCUCCAAGCUUGCAAAAAGAGUUCUCAAGCAAUGCGUCUCGGCCUCCCCGUGCGAGACGAACUGGGCCGUUUGGGAGUCAAUCCAUACAGCUCGUCGUAAUCGCCUUGGAGCGAAACGCCUUGCCGACCUGGUAUACGUGAGCCACAACUAUCACACAGUGAAGAAGUUGAAUGAAGAUCUUGCUAAGAAGCUGGUGGUGAGUGGGCUUCCUGUGGUGCAAGUUAAGGAGGAACCUAAUGUCAGCUACGGGCAUCUCGAUGACGACGACAUCCUCGAUGAGGCAUAUCUUGAUGGCCAGGAAGCGGAAGAGCCUAUGGAGCUGGAGACGCCAAGCUUCAAGCUGCUGGGCAUCAUACUCAUCAUCUCUGUCGGCGUGCUCUGCAUAGUGGCGUGCGUGUGGUGCUCGCUCCCAGUGGCGGGGGAGACGGAGUUUGAGCUGGUGGGAUUCAUCCUCGUCAUGCUGGCCUCCUUCAUGGCGGGCCUCCGAUGGCCACACAGUGCGUGUGCGCUGUGCAGCCCCACUCACUGUGCCUGUCUCACCAACCCGCUGCUCACGCUGGAGUAUCUGGCGCCCGUGAUGGCGCCCGUGUGCCGCAUCUUCUCGCUGCUGCAUGAGCCCUUGUCCUCGCUCGCCUCCUCGCCCUACUUUGACAAGUGA